AUGUCCAGCGAUACCUCUACCAGAUUGACGGACCACGGCCGUCCCUCCCAGGACCAAGGGGUUCAACUACCUGCCGUGGAUCACAGGCUGCAGCGAAAAUCGACACUGGCACCCAUCCACCUUCUUCCACCAGAACUCCUCGCGAUUAUCAUGCGCGUUGUUCUCCAUCACAACAAGACAGCGUGGUCCAAUGAGAGGCGCACCAAUCUGUUCCAGCUUCGCUCCGUUUGCCGCCAAUGGAAGGAAACAGGCGACUCCAACUCGGACUUUUGGCGAUCCCUUAAGAUCAACAUCAAUUUUUGGGACAGGUUCGAAACCUCGGCGGAUGGAGUGGCAGACUUCGCGCAGAAGGUGACCUGGUGGUUCUCACACGCGGGGAGUGAGCAAGGGCUGGAGCUGAUCAUAACGAGGAAGCACUACCGCAACGUCUUGAAGCUCGCCGAUGUCGUCGCAUUCCUUUCACAGUCCGACUUUAAUUGGAAAACGCUCACCUUCCCUGGUGCUAUUUUGUUCGGUAUCUCGGAGAACAUCGACACAGUAUUGAACGACAAGGACGUCUGGAAAACUGUGAAGAACCUAUCGUUGAACCUUUCCGUUGUCAACGAACAGCAACUCCUCCGAAUGAGCACCACGUUCCCGUCGCUUGAAAGUAUCUCCAUGACGCAAGACAUAUUUCGAUUUGACCGUGACACGAUUCCCUUCAGUCAUCCCACCCUUACUUCGUUGGAGUUGACUGGUAUUUACGGUUCCAUCAAAGGAUUCGCCAUAUUCAUCGCAGGGCUUCAGGCCCUCGAGGAGCUCAUUUUGUCCUCCUGCAACAGCCUUUCCUCGUAUGGCGAUAACCAGAUCACGCCGACCACCCACCUCUCCCUCAAACGAUUGGUCCUCAUUCGACAAAGGUCCGCCGAAACCCUCCUGGCCGCCUUGACACUCCCUUCCCUCCAACUCCUCCGUUUGGCCUCCUUCAUCUUCGAGCCCCGAGAAGAUCUCCCCACUCACCUCGAAACAUUCCUUAUGAGAUCGAGCCCACAAGGGUUGACGCUGUCGUUGGAAAGUGCCAAUUGGCCGUUCUCCCGCCUCGUCCUUCCUACCUACCCAAUCGACCGACUACACCUGCAAGAGGUCAACCCGGACGCUCUUUCAGAGCCUUUCACACUUCCGGACAGCCUGCGCAUUAUCGUGUGCGCCUCGCCCUCAACCGGACCCGUUGUCGAGUGGGCGAGGAAACUUGCGACCAGCUUGUCGGUUGGUCGUGAAGGGGUGGUGAUGUACCUCCCGAAACCUCGAGAUACUGAGGCAGGGUUGGGCGAGGACGCGCUGGAGGAGGGGCGAAGGACUUUGGCGGCGAUACGGUUGGAUUUGCAGUUUGUGACUCUUGUAGAAGUGGACUCGAUGCUAUGUUUUCAGCCUUUGCGAAGUCAUAUUACUACUGGCUAUGUAUAA